UAUAGCUGAUUGAGUCAACGAAGACGUGAAGAAUUUGCUUGAUGAAAUGAAGCGAUAGCCUAAGCCUGAAAAGUCUGUCAGUGCACUAGUGACGUCUGUUGUUGAAGGUGCUCUUGAUUCGAAGAUCAUCACCAUCAUCAUCAUCAUCAUCGUCCCAUCGCAUCCAGUGGUAGUGCUCGUAGCUUCCCUGGUAGCUUCCUUCUGUAUAUCCAUCCCUCCAGUUCCCAACCGUCCAUCUCCUUCUUCUCAUUGAACAUCAGUGAUUUCUACAAAGAACCUUAGACACUAAAACUGCUGCUGCCUGAGCUGAGAGAAAGAGGAUCGAGAAAAACUCGGUGAAUGAGUGAGUGAGUGUGUCAGUUGGUCAGUCAGAGACAGAGUGAGCCUGGUUCUGACAGAGCGAACCAGCCAAGUGUUGGCAUAUUUCUGGGCUAAAAGAUAACCACUACAAACCGCUAACCACCUAUCUUCAAGUGCUUCAUUUCACCAUCUUUUGAGCAUUUUCCUUAUCUUGGUGUUUGGGUUUCAGGAGAAAUAACCUAGAGGAAUAAACAGUUUGGAUGGAAUUCGAGUGAAAAAAGUGAAACUGCUUGGACCACAAGGACAAUAAUUAUGAUUCGAAUGAUAAUGACGACCAAGAUGAAGAUGGACUUGUGAGAUCUCGGAUCAGUUUCACUCUCUUCAAGAAUUCAGAAACUGGGCUGAAUAUUUUCCCGGUGGUUUUCUCCCAAAUUGUCGGCGAAUAGAAAACUAUCCGUCGCACGUCGUGUCCGAAACUGCAAGUGUUGCCUGCUUGCUUUAAGUAAGAGUGCCAGGAUACUACUGCAAUAGGGUACUUGGCUGGUUCUGUUUGAUUCUCGUUUGGCAGAAAGGGAUUUACAUUCCAUGAUCUAAGGACAUCCAUUGACUUCCCGUCGAGGUGUGGCGAACACAUUUCUAUCCACUGGUUAUACUGUAUGUACAUACGUACGCUAGUCUAACAACAACCUUCGAGGACACGAGCCAAAGCGAAAGUGAUCUUAAAAGUGAACUUACUUGAGUGUCCGAAUAUUCCCCAUAGAGACAAGGUAAAACAAAGUGAAAACAGUGAACCGUUCAAGAGAAGACAACGAGGAGAAAGAGGAUUUGAUUCUCAGGUGAAUGAAUGCAUGCUUGGUCGUGAAUUUUCCACAAAAGCGUUGGAACCACUCGAGAGGCAGUGCAAUAACUGUUUCAUAGCUUCGUAACGCUCUGACCGAACAAAGACAAAAGAUUCGAUUCACUCCAGAGCUUAUCCAAAUCAUCGUCUUUUCUUGAACAAAUCUCAUUCUCCGACCUAAGAAAAGGACAGAUAGGACAAGCGAAGAAGGUUCAUACGUUAGUACACAUAGUUCCGUACAUUGUUCAUACGCAUCAAUUGCUUUCCACCCACCUAGCGUACAUCAAGACGGAGGGGACAAUGACGCGCAAAAAGCGGGUCGCCCCGGACCCGCCUAUUUCCGCCAAUGUUAACGAUUUGACUUUCUUCGGUUCCAUUCGUAACUCCUGGAAUGGCUUCAACAAGUUCUCCGAAUCUCCCAUUGAGAAUAAUCAUGACCGAGCCCCCACCCCUCCGCCCAAGAACCGAGGCGGAACCAUGAAGUCAACGAGGAACAAAAGACCCCCUCCGCCCCCUCCUCCUAUACAAACUCAACUCGGUCUUCAAUGCGAGUCACCUUGUAGCGAGAUUGAAGAGGCCUCAUCGUCGUGUAUGUCGCCCUCACGGUUUUCGUCCUCCGGGUCGAACCCUCAAUCAGGUCAUACCUCGCCCAGUGUGGACGAUAGCGGGGUGAACAGCGACAGUGAUCGGCCUCGGAGCUCGGCCUCCAGCCAAGACAGUUCUCAAUUGAGGCCACGAUUAUUUAGCCGCACCAGUCAGGACAGCCUGAGUGAGGAAGUCGAGGACGAGGCGGCCGCUUCGAUCAAUCGGACCUUGAGGCAUUUGACCACACUGCGUGACGAAAUGAUCGCCCCACCCCCGCCCCCCGAAUUCAGCGACUUUGGGAGCGAGCCCCUGUCAUUGCUCUCGAACACUUCCGCCAGUAGCUUGAGAUCCUCCGGUUCGUCCCAAUUGGAUCUGAUCCAAGCUGCCCGAGGCACAUUGAAGAAACGACACGACGACGAACAGUUCUUGGAAAAGAGCUUGAGGGAUCGAUUGCAGCAAAGCCUCGCGAUCUCGGAAUACGAAGAAGACUACUCCAACAUCACUUCUCAUUUUGGUCAUGUGGAGCAAGUCGGGGAGGCCAAUGGUCACGAGACCUUUGCUGGCGUCAGGUUUGCCCCUGAGCUCGUGGAUCCUGAAGAGGGUGGUUUCAAAGACGUCACCAUCCGAAGCCAACGUGGAACCAUUCGUGGGGUGAAGAACCGAGUGCGAAGAGGCAUUGCCACUUUUCUCAGAGAUCCCAACAAAAAGAACUUCACGGAGCUCGAAACCGGCAAAGUGGUUGUUUACAUCACAACAUUGGGGGUGCUUCGUGAUACCUAUGCACGAUGUGUCAAAGUGCGACAAAUUUUGAGAACACACUUGAUCAAAGUCGAGGAGAGAGACGUGUUCAUGUCUCGAGAAAACCAAUUGGAACUCAUGGAACGAACGGAACAGCCUUAUCUGGAGGUUCCCAAGGUCUUUGUGGAGGGCCGAUAUUUGGGGGAUGCCGAGGUGAUUGAGAAUUUGAACGAGCAAGGAGAACUCAAACACAUUUUGAAACCUUUCAAGUGCUACUCGGUCACAGUGGAGUGCCAAAAGUGCGGAGGAUUCCGAAUGCUCCCAUGUCAAGUUUGCAGUGGCAGCAAGAAGUCAUUGCAUCGGAACAAUUUCACCGAAUCUUUUGUGGCUCUCCGGUGUAGCCAUUGCGACGAUUCGGCCCUAGUCAAAUGUGAUUUGUGCGCUCGAUGAGAUGCACGCCCGCCCAACAGAUGAACAAGUUCGCCGACUAAUCUUUACCCAUAGCCAAAGCCAAAUUGCGGUGACCCCAGCCAGAAGAUGUCAGUUCAGAGUAUUGUAAAGAACAUAAGCGGUAUAUUAAAGAGAAGAGCAAUGUCUCGAGUGCGUUUAAGAAAGAUCUUUUGGAGAGGGUCUAGAUCCUCAGUCACGAAAGUAGCCUCCAAAAAAAUACAUUGGCCGUCGUCGUUUGCUUAAAAUAAAGAAUUGUGAUAAAGAUGUUAACAGUUUUAUUAAUUGUGUGUGAGGAAAUAUAGAGUAUAAAAUCAGGGGGAUGCGGUGAAAAAUAUUCUGCGCUCAUUGGCUCUCACUGCUUUCAUAAGCUCGAUUGAUUUCCGUAUCGCCAUAAACUUGGUAAAUAAUAAUCAUCGGAACAAUGUCGAUAAUACACAAACUUGGAAAUGGAAAAACAUUCUUGUGGCAUUAUCUUCUCUGCUUCCUUGCCAAGCUCAAAACUGGACCCAAUUCCCACUCGUCGCUGAAGCUUUAUCUGCAUCACUCGAAGACACAAAAUCACCCCAUGGGUCGUCCUUAGGCUCCGUGGCCACGCCUCCCGAUCCGGAAGACACAGGCGGAAUU